ACCGCGGGCACUGGGUCAGACAUUGGAUCGUCUGGCUGGACAGCGGGCAUCGGGUCACCAGGCAUCAGGUCAUUUGGCUCAACAGCGGGCACCGCGUCAUCUGGCAAGGCAGUGGGCUCCGAGUCAACUGGCACGACAGUGGGCUCUGAGUCAAUUGGCACGACAGCGGGCACCGGAUCAGGUACCGGAUCAUCUGGAUCAACAGCGGGCAUCAAGUCAACUGGCCUAAUAGGAUCAUCAGGCUGGAUCAGCUGGGUACAUGCAUCAGGCUGAAGUGCGGGUGCCGAGGCACCAGGCUGAACCACGGAAGGCAGGUUCUCAGACGGCAGGCUCACCGGUUUGGAUACUGGCAGGA